AUGAAAUAGAAACUGAGAGAGCUCAAUCAGCUUAAAGAAGUAGAAAUGUUCAUGUAAAAGCAUUAGAACAUCCUUUAGUAGAUGAAAAGAAGAUUGUUUUCUGCAAGAAAGCAAGAUGAUUUUAAAAAUAAUAGACCACCACCUUUUGAAAUUAAGGAGUUUGAAAAGAUAUCCCAUGCACCUCUUUAGCAAAUGAGAGAUUAAUUUUAGACACUUUAGCGAUAAUUUUUUGCUUCACAUUUUCAAAAUGAAUAUUAGACUGACUAAUCUGCAAGACUAAAAGAAUAUGAAAAUCAUUAGAAUAAACUUAAAAAGACGGUCUCACAGUACUUCGAAUAUAAAAAGGAUUAAUCUCACCAGAGAGUUAAUUAUGACUUGCUAAAAGAAAAUAAGCAAAUUAGAACACAUAUGAAAUUAAGCAUGAAAAAGGUGCUUGGUUCAUAGCACUCAUCUGUUUAACGUUUAGGCCUCUAGACAUUAGGUGUAGAAGAGGAUCACUUUAGAUCAACCAUAGCCAAAAAGUUUCCCUAAAAUAGAGUAAUUAGUAAGACUAUAUUUGAUGGUGGACCCUUUCAUAGUAAAAAAUCUGGUGGUGCUCAUCAAGUUAUAAGAAAGCGCUAUUAAGAGCCACAUUUGUCCGAGAAUGCAAGAAAUAUAAAUAGUUUGGGUAGUUAAGAAUAGACAAGAUUUCAUUCAACUAGCUUUAAGGGUAAAAAUAAUCAAUUACAGCUGAAUGGAUAUCAACUCCAGAAAUUUAGUAACCAGUUUUUACAUUAAUCAAGACCUCAAACUUAGGAAGGGUCUCUGAAAGGCAGGUAGUCUCUUCCCAUAAGACCAGCUUAUCUGGAUGAAUUCGAUAGUGAAUUGAGAUCAUAGUAAAAUAGAGUAUAAAGUGCUGUUAGAAGAAUGAGAGUCUCUGAUGUAUUAGGCCUAUAUAAUGAGCCCAAAAAUAAUAAAUGA